CCAUCAUCUCCUCAUACUUCCUUUCUACGUGAAGACAGCAUGUUGCACUCUGUGGCUCUUUGCCUUGUGAUGCUUGCGUCUCUGCUGCCCGGAACGUUGCAGGGUCCAAAUCAACGCUUUCUGCUCAGGGAGCUCCUGAGAGACUACAACCCCAUGGAGAGACCGGUAGCCAAUGACUCCCACGCACUCAUCGUCCACUUCUCUUUGACGCUGAUGCAGGUCAUGGAUGUGGACGAGAAGAACCAGAUCCUGACCACCAACGCCUGGCUUCAAAUGCAGUGGUAUGAUCACUACCUCCAGUGGAAUCAGUCAGAAUAUCCUGGCGUGAAAAACCUUCGCUUCACUGCGGAUCAAGUCUGGACACCUGACAUAUUGCUGUAUAAUAGUGCUCACAAUAAGUUUGACGCCACCUUCAAGACCAACGUGCUGGUUAACUCCAGUGGCUUCUGUGAGUAUCUCCCUCCAGGAAUAUUCAUCAGUACCUGUAACGUGGAUGUGCGCUGGUUUCCCUUCGACAUUCAACGAUGUGAGUUAAAGUUUGGCUCCUGGACGUUUGAUGGCUGGCUGCUGGACAUCCAGAUGAAGGAGGCAGACGUGUCGGGGUACAUGCCCAACGGAGAGUGGGACCUACUGGAGGUGCCUGGAGGUCGCCACGAGAUUUUUUACGAGUGUUGCGCAGAGCCUUACCCCGACGUCACCUUUGUGGUGACCUUGCGUCGGCGGACUUUGUACUACGCCCUCAACCUCCUCAUCCCCUGCGUGCUCCUCUCGUCCAUGACGCUGCUGGUCUUCCUGCUCCCGGCCAACUCCGGGGAGAAGAUCAGCUUGGGCAUCACCGUUCUGCUUUCUUUGACGGUCUUCAUGCUGAUGGUUGCUGAGAUUAUGCCUGCGACCUCAGAUUCGAUACCACUGAUAGGUCAGUACUUCGCCAGCACCAUGGUGAUUGUAGGCAUGUCCGUAGUGGCGACAGUUAUUGUCCUUCAGUUCCAUCACCACAACCCCAACAACGGACAAAUACCACAUUGGGUCAACCUGGUUCUGCUGCAGUGGGUCCCUUGGUUCCUGCGAAUGAAACGUCCGGGUGAGGGAGUGGAUCAGACCCUCCACCACAGCCAGGCAGACACUCAAAGCAAGACCCUGUCCUCACCUGCCACUACCGCCUCCGCCAUCCCCACCCCGCUGAGCCUGGCCUCCCUAAGAGCCAGCCUGGCUCAGCUCAACCGUUCGCCGCCUCACGGGUGCAUCCUUCUCCCGCAUCCCAAUCUGCAUCCCCAAUCCAACGGUCAUCUGACCUACAUGGGCUUCCAGGCCUUUCCCUGCGCUGCAGAACUGGAUGCUCCGGGUAACAGUCAGAGGAGGGGGGCUGCAGGGGAGGAAGGAGAGGGAGAUACACCAAGUCAUCAGCACCUUUCACCUGAGAGUUCCUUGCAGAAAACAACUGCGACUUUAAACCCAGAAUCGUCCACCUUGUCUUCAGGGCCGGGUGGAGGAGAAGCGGGGACAGGGGCAGGGGCGGGGGCGGCCCCCUCGCACGCUCAUAUUAGAGGCAAGGCUGUGGACAACCAGCUCCAGGCUCUUCUUUCGGAGGUGCAGUUUUUGGUGGAACGAGUUCGCGAGCAGGAUCGGCAGCUCGGUCUCGCCGAGCAGUGGCAGUUUGCCGCGGCUGUCAUCGACCGCCUGUGUCUGGUCGGAUUCAGCGUCUUCAACAUCAUCUGCACCAUCGCCAUCCUCAUGGCCGCACCCAACUUUGGGGAGGCUCUGGCCAAAGACUUCCUCUGAGAGACAAGUUUGUAGAAGGAACGCUUGGAAGCACAAUAAGCUGGAGUGACACCUAUUGAUAUAUUUUUUGGAAACAUGCAGAAGCCGCAUGCAAAGUGAACUCUGAGAGCGGCGAAUCCAUCGCAGGCGGCGUUUCAAUUCAGGUUCAAGACUACAGACAUCCGUUCAUGCUCAUAGCUACACUAGAGUCGUCUAUCUAGCCCGAUGAAGUCAGAUGGCGAGGCGAGGAGAAACAUCUUCAAAGACAGGGGUGUCCAAAGUGUGGCCCCGGGGCCAUUUGAGGCUCGUGGCUGCUUUUGUAUUGGCCUGCGGCAAAUUGUAAAAAUACAGUUUAACAAGAAAACUAAAACAAACAACAACAAAAAUGGAAAACUCAGCAGUAGUUUCACAAGAAUAAACUAAAAAUAUGAAUACAACAUUUUUUUGUCGUAAUAUUAUGAUGAAAGGUAUCGUCAUUUUAGUAUCAUAAGCUUGAAAUAUCAAAGAAAAAAGAUGUUGUUUUUUUAAGGCUGUAAUAUUAUGCGUAACAAACAAAACAACGAAUAAAGUUGCAAUUUUUGGAACAAUAGGUUGCAGAAAAAGUUAUAAUAUUAUGAGAAUAAAGUCAAAAUGUUAUGAGAAUAAAGUCAUACCUACAAGAAGAAAAUGACCAAGAAGAAAUAGUUGGAAAAUUAAAAAAAACAAAACAACAACUGUAAUUUUAUGAAAAUAAAGUCAAAAUAUUCGGAGGAAAAAGUUGUAUUCUAACGAGAAAAAAGUUGCAAUUUUACGAGAAUAAACCCGUAACAUCCAUUCAUCUUCUAUGUCGCUUAUCCUCACUAGGGUCGCAUGGGUAUGCUGGAGCCUACCCCAGCUGACUGCGGGCGAGAGGCAGGGUACACCCCGGACUGGUCGCCAGCCAAUGGCAGGACACAUAUAGACAAACAACCAUUCACACUCACAUUCAUACCUAUGGACAAUUUAGAGUCUCCAAUUAACCUAACAUGCAUGUUUUUGGAAUGUGGGAGGAAACCGGAGUACCCGGAGAAAACCCACACACGCACGGGGAGAACAUGCUGUUCUGUCAAAUUUGGCUUAUUUGAGAAUAUUGUUCAAAUCAAGCGUCACAUGACUGUACGUGUAUUCAUCAAAGAGUAUGACAAUUCUUAGGACAAAGGCACGUGUUUCCCUUGGCACAAGCUAUGUGGCAAUUUCUAUACUUAUGUGACAGAAUAAUGACACAACAAUAACAGAACCAUGACACUUUAUUACACAUUAUUAAUGCUUGGUGGUUGUGCAAAGUAAACAAAAACGAAGACUCUUCAAGUACCAUUAGAGCAUCUUUGUCACGACUAUUGUAAUGAUUGUAGUAAGAGAAGACCGGAGAGACCACUGGCAUGUGAUAGCUAUUAGUUCCUAAGUUACAAAUGGCAGAGUAAUGUGUAAUAAUCUGAUACUAUUCGUCUGAUUCUAAGGUUAUCAACCUAACCUGUGCCCCUGUAAAUAGUUCAUGUGUGAAAUAAAAGUCAAGGAAAUCUGCUGGAGUUGAGUUGAUAAAGCGUCCUCUGCAAUCUUCUCGCCCUUUUUCAAGUUCAGGCUGACGCAAUUCCUAAACAACUUGAUGCAUUCAAGCUCCACACGGAGAUGCCCAAUGGAGAUUCUAACCCAGAUCUUCCCGAUCUCCUGACGAAAAUUUACAAGACAAAAGUUGAAAUAGUUGGAAAAUAAAAAUAAAAACACAAUAAAAAAAAAAGAUGUAAUUUUAUGAGAAAAGUAAAACAAACGAAGAGGGAAAAGUUGUUUAUCAGGUGAAAAAAGUUGCAAUUUUAUGAGGAUAGACUCCAACUAAUAUUAUGAGGAAAAAUAGUCAUUUUAUUAGCAUAGAGUUUAAAUACAAAAAGUUAUUUUUUUUUAAGUUUUGAUAUUAUGAGAAAGAAACAAAUCAAAAAUAAAGUUGGUUAUAUAUCACUUAUAAUAUUAUGGGAAUAAAGUAAGAAUAUUAUGGGAAUAAAGUAAAAAAAUUAUGGGAAUAAAUUCAUAAUAUUAUUUUUUUUUUAA